AUGGCGACUGAUAUUGCCCCCCAAAAAUCCGGUAUCGAGCCACAUCCGCCGGCCGACAACUACCUCACGCAUUCCAGCGGAAUCUCCUCAUGGAUAUUCUCGCUCGAUCACAAACGCAUCGGUCUGAUGUACCUGAUCGGCGUGACCAUGGCGAUGAUGAUGGGUGGUGUGUUCGCGCUCAUCUUGCGGAUCGAACUGUUCACCCCAGGCAAGACAAUCAUCUCGGCCGACGCCUACAACCAGAUGUUCACCCUGCAUGGGGCCAUCAUGGUGUUCUUGUUCAUCAUCCCCGGCAUUCCAGCGGCCUUGGGGAACUUCAUCUUACCGAUUCAGCUGGGAGCGAAAGACGUCGCCUUUCCCCGGCUUAACCUAUUGAGUUUCCACCUUUGGGUGAUGGGCUUCUGCAUGUUCAUCAUCACCCUGUUCCUGGGCGGUCUUGAUACCGGGUGGACGUUCUACGCUCCAUACAGCGUAACCACGAAUACUUCGGUUAUUUCCGCCCUCACCGGGGCGUUCAUCCUCGGCUUCAGCUCAAUCUUCACAGGGCUCAACUUCAUCGUCACCACCCACGUGCUGCGGCCCAAGGGGAUGACCUGGUUCAAGCUCCCCCUGUUCAUCUGGGCGUUGUACGCCACGGCGGUCAUCCAGAUUCUGGCCACCCCCGUGUUGGCCAUCACGCUGCUGUUGCUCAUGGUCGAGAAGGCCACCGGCAUCGGCGUGUUCGACCCCGCCCUGGGCGGCGACCCCGUGAUGUUCCAGCACUUCUUCUGGUUCUACUCGCACCCGGCCGUUUACAUCAUGGUGCUGCCGGCCAUGGGUGUGAUUAGCGAACUAAUCGCCACCUACACCCGCAAGCGGAUUUUCGGCUACUCGUUCAUCGCCCUCAGCAGUGUCGGUAUCGCCAUCAUCGGCUUCCUUGUCUGGGGCCACCAUAUGUUCACCAGCGGCCAGUCGAAGCUGGUCGGCAUGGUCUUCAGCGGCAUCACCUUCACGGUUGCCAUCCCUUCGGCCAUCAAGGUGUUUAACUGGGUCGCCACGCUCUACAAGGGCUCGAUCCGGCUCACGGCUUCGAUGCUCUACGCCUUGGCGUUCCUGUUCUUGUUCACCAUCGGGGGCCUCACGGGCCUGUACCUGGCCACGCUCUCGGUCGACGUGUAUUUCCACGACACCUACUUCGUCGUAGCCCACUUCCACUACGUGAUGGUCGGUAGCUCGCUCACCGCGAUGAUCGGCGGUCUGUUCCACUGGUGGCCGAAGAUGGUCGGCAAGAUGUACAACGAAACCGUCGGCCAAAUCUCGGCCAUCCUGGUGUUCUGCGGAUUCAACCUCACGUUCUUCCCGCAGUUCAUCCUCGGCUGCCAAGGUAUGCCGCGGCGCUACUACAACUACCUGCCCGAAUACGAAACCUGGCACCAGGUGUCGACCAUCGGGGCCAUGACCCUGGGCCUUGGUAUCCUCAUGGCUUCCGGCUGCCUGAUGCACGCCCUCUUGCGAGGUCGCCCGGCCGUGGCCAACCCCUGGGGUGGUACCACGCUCGAGUGGAUGUGCAGCUCGCCGCCGCCACACGAUAACUUCAAAACCCCUCCCCCGAUCCACGACCCAUACGACGAAUCCGUCGUGGUCUACGACGAAGCGAUCGGGGGCUAUGUUCCUACAGAUACGACUCCACAGACCGUAUCGCACACUCAGUCCGAGCCCGGUUCGGAGGGUCACGAAGGGCACGACGACCAUCACCCACCGCAUCUGGCGCACCACUUUGCCAGCCCCGAGCAGCAAAUCUACUCGGGCAAGAUGGGCAUGUGGCUGUUCCUCGUGCAGGAAGUGCUGUUCUUCAGCGGACUGUUCUGCGCCUACGCCGUAUUCCGGGCAAACCAUCCGGAAAUCUUCAUCUACGCCCAUCACUACCUCGACACCAAGUUGGGGGCCAUCAAUACCUGCGUGCUGCUGUUCAGCUCGCUCACCAUGGCGUGGGCCGUGCGUGCCGCCCAAAAAGAUCAGAGAGCCCUGCUGGUGAUCAUGCUUACCCUCACCAUCAUCUGUGGCUUCACCUUCAUGGGCAUUAAGUACGUCGAGUACUCCCACAAAUGGCACGACGGCCUGUUGUGGGGGAACUAUUACAACCCAGCCUAUGCCCCCGGCGAAGACCACGGUGCCGGCCACGAAGAAUGGCAUAGCGAAGAGGGCCACGGUUCUGCCGAACACGGUGCAGCUGAACACGCCACUGACGAGCACGCCACCGAGGGCGAACAUGCCGAAGGAGAACACGCAGAGGGUGAGGGUGACCAUGCCGAGGGCGCCGCACCCGCUGCCGAGGGAGACGCCGAAGCCGCACCAACCGAAGGCGAAGAAGCCCCCGCGGCCGAGGAAGACGCCAAUCAGCCCAUCACCCCCGCCAACGCGAAGGGAACCCAACUGCCGCCGCCGGGCGAAGCCACGCAGCAAUCCAUCCUAGCCGCCGGUCCCCUGGGCAUCAGCGACGUACCCUCGCCGAAGAACGUCCAGAUCUUCUUCGGUAUUUACUUCGUCAUGACCGGCCUGCACGGGUUGCACGUCGUCAUCGGCAUUGCCGUCCUCUUCUGGCUCCUGCGACGAGCUAUCCGAGGGGAUUUCAGCCGCGAAUACAACGCCCCGGUCGACCUCGUCGGCCUCUAUUGGCACUUGGUCGACCUUGUGUGGAUUUACCUCUUCCCACUUUUGUACCUCAUUCACUAA